AUGGCAACCGGCAACAAAUUCAUCCUCUUCUUCCUGCUCGUCAUUGGCGGUCUCCUCAUUCUCUGCGGUACCGCCCUCAACUGGUCGGUGGAGGACGACCUACUGGCUGGCACCAACCGUGAAUACAAGCAUCUUUUCCGUUACUCGCAGCUCUUGUUUUGGUUCGCCUGGUUUGCAGCGCUCGCCGAUACCAUCUUUCCCAAUGCCUGCUUCACUGCCAUCCAAGCCGCCAUCAUCUUCUGCAUCGUCGCUCGUCGUUCUGGCGACGGUCUGGCUUCAUUCUCGAGCGUUGAUACCUGCCGCAUUCAAGCCGAGCGAACCAGUGGCGACACCAAAAACGCCUUUCAGCGCUGUGCUGCUGGUGGUGUCUUGAGCUACUUUGGCCUGGUCCUCUCCUGGCUCGUGAGCCUGCCUCGCCUUCACUUUGCCAAGCUUGACAUUGUCGAGACCAUCGCCAUUGCGGCGGGCUCGGUCAUCUCCAUCAUCGGAGCCAUCGUCCUGUGGACCUCGGACAAGAUUGAUCUGGGCUCUCCCGUUCGCGAUGAACUCUUUGAUGCCUCGAUGUAUGCCGUCUUUACCGUCAUCUUUGGCUUCUCUGCCUUCCUCUCAGACAUGGUUGCUGUUAUCAGCGGUAUUGCCUUCUACCUGACUUGGGUGUCUGCUUCACAGCUGGCUCUCAUGUUCUUCGUUGUCUCGCAAGUCAGCCUCACCCAGAACCAGGAGAACACCAUCUAUGCCGGCUUUUCGAUGGUCUGGCUUGGCGCCAUCAUCAUGCUCGUCAUGUGCGCGACCCGCCUCAUGCACACUGGCGAUGGUGACGGUGUUGUGCACGAUGACAAUGCCGCCGAUGCCCCUCGUGUUGCCAAGACCAAGCCGGCCGAGAAGGUCUAA